GGAGCUGCAGCGGCGGCCGCGGCUCUGUGCAUCCCGCCCUCCCUGUGCAAGGCUCUGCGGCGCCGGGUGGGUGGGCUUCCGAGUUUAGCAGCCCGACUUCCGGGAGGCGGAGCCUCAGCCCCGUUUCCUCUCUCCGGACCGGAGUUGGUCCAGGCAUCCCGGGUUCCCCGCAGCUCGGCGGCUGCAGCAGCAUGGGCGGCGCACGGGACGCGGGCUGGGUGGCGGCGGGGCUGGUCCUUGGCGCCGGCGCCUGCUACUGCAUCUACUGGCUGACUCGGGGCCCGCGGCGAGGACGCCGCCGCCUGCGCCCCUCGCGGUCCGCAGAAGACUUAACUGACAGUUCCUAUGAUGAGGUCCUAAAUGCUGAGCAACUUGAGAAACUUCUGUACCUGCUGGAGUCAACUGAUGAUCCUAUAAUUGUUGAAAAAGCCUUGGUCACCCUGGGCAAUAAUGCAGCCUUCUCAACUAAUCAAGCCAUUAUUCGCGAGUUGGGUGGUAUCCCAAUCGUCGGAAACAAAAUCAGCUCUCCGAACCACAGUAUUAAGGAGAAAGCAUUAAAUGCACUAAAUAACCUGAGUGUGAAUGUUGAGAAUCAAGUCAAGAUAAAGGUGUAUGUCCAGCGAGUCUGUGAGGAUGUCUUUGUGGAUCCCCUGAACUCUGCCGUGCAGCUGGCCGGCCUGAGGCUGCUCACGAACAUGACUGUCACCAACGACUACCAGCACCUGCUCAGCAGCUACAUCACCGGCCUGCUCCACCUGCUGCUUACGGGGAACGGAAGCACCAAGGUCCAGGUGUUGAAGCUGCUUUUGAAUUUGUCUGAGAACCCAGCUAUGACAGAGGGGCUGCUGAGUGCUCAAGUGGACGCUUCCUUUCUUUCCCUGUAUGAGGGCCAAAUAACAAGUGAGAUUCUUCUCCGGGCUCUCACACUGUUUCAGAACCUAAACAACUGCCUCAAGGUGGAAGGCUGCUUGGCUGCUCAGCCACCCUUCGCCAAAGGGUCAUUGUUUUCCCUGCUGUACGGAGAAGACUGCGCCCAGAAGAUGCGAGCGUUAGCUCAUCACCACGAUGCGGACGUGAAAGAGAAGGCGUUAGCAAUAAUGCCGAAAUUCUGACUCGUUGCGCGCUCUCUCUCUCUCUCUCUCUCUCUCUCUCUCUCUCUCUCUCUCUCUCUCUCUCUGCUUU